AUGUUGUCGCCCCGGCCUCGACGAAUGUGGGAUUUUAUCGUCGCCGAUAGCUCAUCCAACCCUCUAUACCCGCCCCAUGAUGGGCAUCCAGCGUACGGAGUUGGCGUUCCCGACGUUGGGCAAACGCAGCCAGACACAUCCUCACCAUCAUCCACCAGUCCAAUCGCACAUCCAUCCCCGCAGCACGCCAACCAGCUCAUUGUCACUUCCUCUACCACUCGGUCUGUCGCAUUCAUGAACCAUCAUCGAUCAUCGUUUGUCCUACGAUGGACGACUGCCGUUCACAGCGGACUUCAUGCUCGCUCAUGUUCCCGCUGGGCAACCGGGUUGGAUUAUGUAAGGGGUUGGUACAGAGGGUCCUUGGUUGAUGCUUUCCCCUCCUUUCUUCCGGCGUAA